UUUGUUUCCGGUAUGCUUCAGAUUAUUUUACAGAGGAUGAAUUUAGCAAAAAAAAAUAUCGCAUUGUAGACUGUGAGAAAAAAAUGUACCAAAAAGAAAAAAAAGAAGAAACGCUGCCGAUCUUGCACAAGGCUUUUAAUCAGGAUUAUAUCGCAUGACUAACGAAAUGAAAAGCUAAGUUAAGCCUUAAUUAUUUUCGCCCCUCAGAUGUUUAUUCACUCAUGGACCACUGGGAGGACUAACGGUCGAUUGUUUUCGCUCAUUGCAGGAAGCCCAACAGCCUCUUAGAAAAUCGUCGAGCUCAAUGUGAUGAGGUUUUUCCCGCGUAAACAGCUAUAAACCAAAUUUGUCGCAAAUGUGAAUUCCAUGUUCGACGUUAUUCGUGCCUCGUUGCAAAUAAUCUCGGUUGGUCACGCAUUACGGCCUUUACUUGUAUUUACACUCAGACAGAUUCUCCCCUGCUACGAAUGGUAGCCCUGCGGGAAAGUAUGCUUCAGCCGAUGCGAAUGUGCGCUUCUGCGUCGCGUUUUGCAUAUUCAUUAUAAUAGUUUUCGAAUGCGGAAAUAGCUUUCCUUGAAGAGAUCUCGACAACGCAGUGCGCACCGCCGCCGCAAAUUUCACGCAACACCAACCGUCGCUGCAAUCGUCGCUUAGCAGGCCUUGGCCUUCGACCGGUCUCAAGAACGGUCUUCUGAAGAGUACCCGGUCGCUUUUGUUCGGACAGCUAAGCGUCCUGGCCGCAAAGACCGCGAGCAUUAAAGCCCUUGACAAGAAAAAAAAAAAAAAACACACGAGCAGAUCACGCAAGAAUGGCUUUGCCUCGUGAAGAGUGAGCGCUGCGGAGAGAAAAGAAAGGCGCGUGCUCGGCCGAUCGAGCCCCCUCGCCCCGGUCGUCCACUGGACUUCUCCGAAAGCGCAGCUUCGAGGCGAGGCCGGCGGCUGUGACGCUCGCCGGCGGCGCGUCAGCGGCGUGUGUGCGAGCGUGGCAGCGGCGCACCACGAGGACGGGCUGGCGAAGGGUGUGGAGCCAGGCCACCGUGACGCGAGGGGCGCGUCACGUGGCCCGGUUCCCCUUUCACCUUCCGCGGUGUAUUCCCGGCUUCCCAUCCGGCCCCAUAACCAGAGAGCGAACAACGGCGGCCCCAAACGCGGCAUCCCCGAGCGGACGCGCUUGCAUGGACCGCACGACAGGCCGCCGCUGCCGGGCCAGCCGCCGAUCGACGACCGCAUGAUGCUCGCGCCGGCUCUGCUGCCGCCGCUGCUGCUGCUGGCGCUGGCCGGCCGCGCGCAGCAGCAGCAGCAGCACUUCCCCAGGACCCGGUUCCAGCCCGUGCACCGGUACCCGCCGCUGCCCAACGGCAUCAAGCUCAGCCCCGAGCUCAUCAACCAGGCGCUCCAGCUGCCCCCCAAUGGCCACCCCCAGGGGCCCGCUCAGCAACAGCAGAGCUUCAGGCCCCAGCGCAUGGUGCAGCUGACGAUACCGCAGGGCGUGCUGCGAGGCCGCGUCCUGCGCACGCCCUCCGGCCGGGGCCUGGUCGCCUUCCUCGGCGUCCCUUACGCUGCCGCGCCCCUCGGGCCGCUGCGCUUCAAGCCUCCCGUGAUACACCCUGGCUGGAGCUCAGUGCUGGACGCGACUGCCUUCCGAUCGGCGUGUCCGCAGUUUGACUACCGCGGGAGGAUCGUCGGCAACGAAGACUGCCUCUUCCUCAACAUCUACACGCCAGGAUACAGGAACGGCCAGACCCCUUCCUACCCCGUGAUGGUGUUUCUGCACGGCGGCAACUUCGAGACUGGAGCCGCAAGCCAGUACGGACCACAGAAGCUCGUCGACAAGGACGUCGUCGUGGUCACCAUAAACUACAGGCUCGGCAUUCUUGGGUUCCUGAGCACGGGCGACAGCGUCUGCCCUGGCAAUCUGGGCCUGCUGGACCAGAACCUGGCGCUCAAGUGGGUGCGCGACAACGUGGCCCACUUUGGCGGUGACCCUUCGCAGGUGACGCUCUUCGGCCAGGGCUCAGGCGCCGUCAGUGUCUUCCUGCACAUCCUGUCACCCCUCAGCCAAGGGCUGUUCGUGCGUGCCAUCGCCGAGAGCGGCAGCCCGCUGAGCGACUGGGCCGUGGAGCCCGAACCGGCGCAGUUCAAGCGCAUCGUGGCCCAGGGCGCGGGAUGCCCGACCGACGGCCCGUCGUUCGCGCUCAUCGACUGCCUCAUGCAGACGCCCAGCAGCGAGUUGCUGCGCAUCCAGCAGGAGAGCAAGGUGUUCGGCGACUUCCCUGUGCGGACGGCGCCUGUGGUGGAGAAGUUCAACCCGCAAGGGGCGUUCCUGCCGGACGAGCCCGCCGCCUUGCUUGAGCGCGGAGAGUUCCGACGAGUGCCGCUCAUCGCCGGCGUCAACAAGGACGAGACCGCCUUCUUUUUUCCCGUGCUGUCGGGGUACCUUCGGGACCGGUCGGCGCGCAGUGCCACGUACGUACGCGACCAGUUGCUGCCGCGGUUCCUGAGCAGCGCGCUGCGCUACAACCGGCCGCCGACGGAUGUCGUGGACUCCGUGGAUGAGACAUACUUCCGCGACGUCAACCCGCUCGACACGAACGCUGUCAUCAGAGCCUUCAUCAACAUGUCGACGGAUGCAAUGUUCGUGGCGCCCAACCAGCUGACGCUGGCCAAGUACUCGCGCUUCGAGGCGCCCACCUACAUGUACGUGUUCGAGUACCGGGGAGACACCAGCCUGCUGGAUGCCCGGCUCGGCUUCCAGAGGCAGUCCUACGACCUCGGUGUGUCCAACGGCGACGAGCUCAUCUAUCUAUUCGACGUGACGGCCGAUGGACUGCGGCCACUGUCCAACCUCGACUCGCUCGUGAGCAGCAGGAUUAUCAACCUCUGGACAGACUUCGCCAAGAGCGGGACGGCACCGCAGUACCCGAACUUCGAGUACCCCGCGUGGCCGCGCGCCACGCCCAGCAACGUGUCGUCAUACCGCAUCGGCCGUUCGCUCCAGCCAGGCCCCGAAUACCGGGUUGAGGCGACGCGCUUCUGGUCGGGAAUCUCGCCCGCGCUGCUCGGCCAGCGGGGCGACGACGACGGCUCGCACUCGGGCGCCCUGGUCACCCCGCCUGGCUACGUGGAGCCCCUGUACCGGACUCUGGCCUGGAGCAUGGUGGCCGUGGCCAUCGCGCUCGCGCUAGCCCUCGUCGUGCUCCUCGUGGUGCUCUACAACCAGAAGAAGAGCCAGAGCUUCCGCGCCAGCUCGGACCUGGACAACUCCCGGGUGUCCGCCGGUGGAUCGACACUCUACUGACGAUGGCACGGGACGUCGCCCCUGUUUAAAUCUCACGCUCACCGGUACAGACUCGAAGGCCACAAGAAGUCUGCUGCGACAUCGCCGCAUGCUUUCGCUCCGAUGCUUUGUGGUCCGGAGCCCAACUGGGAAGCGUCCGCGCACUUGUAACCAACACGCGGCAAGAAAGGCGAGCGGCACACGGCAAACGCGCAGAACUGAGCGUGGAUCGUGCUGAUAUAGGCUUGCCCGGGCAUUAUAUUUUUGCGCUUGGAGCGGCGAACGGGUCAUUCGUUUGUUGCGACCACUCUUUGGAGGCAAACUUACAGGCUCUAUAGGUCAGUGUUUCUGGCAAAUGCAAGUGAGUGAAGAAGCUUGUGAAUGGUAUAAUUGAUGCUACCUGAGCAGAGCAAAGAGACUGCCUAAAGCAUGCUGUUUCGCGUAGAAGUAGCUCUGCUGCGCUGGCACGAUCGUCGGGCGAGGCCACAAGGUGAGGAUUUAGAAUGGCAGAUUGUAUUUUACGCUUCAAUGUCCAUGUGCUUCAGCUUCAGCUCAAACCUAGUGAACCGUGAAUUCUGUAGAUCGGCGGUCACCGCCUCUUUUCUUAUUGCGGCAUAUCGCUGAUUUUCAUCGGUGCGUAAAAUCAUUGCAAGCGUAAUAUAACUUUACUGUAAUUGAAAUUGUAAAAAAAAAUUAAUUAUCGGGUUUUACGUGCCAGAACCACGAUCUGAUUAUGAGGCACGCCGUAGUGGGGGCUCUGCACCUGGGGUUCUUUAACGUGCACCAAAAUCUAAGUAUACGGUUGUUUCGGCAUUUAACGCCCCGUGAAAUGCGGCCGCCUAGGCCGGGAUUCGAUCUCGCGACCUCGUGCUUAGGAGCCCAACACCAUAGCCACUAAGCAACCACGGCGGGUAAUUGAAAUUGUAGUUAGAAGGCAUGGACCUAAAGAAGGCGUGGAUUUCAUUUCAGGGGUGCAUGUGACACGUAGUUUUUGCAGGUUCGCUCCGAGAGAAGUGGUAGACUUAGCGCGAACGACCUUAGGUGCUGCUAUACCGCGGUUGUCCUCGCAGCGUGUAAUUCGGCCAGCUUUAAGAAAAAAGCAACUGUUUGUGUGAGGGGGCGAACGUUCCGAAACAAAGCUAUUGUGCAUUUUUAUUGCUGACUCGCAGUGGACAGAUGAUGGGAACUUUCAUUUCGCUUCCAACGUUCUCAGCUCUUCCUUGUUUUUCUUCCUCUUUUUUUUUUGUCGAAGUGAGUAUAAUUUUGUUCAGCUUUCUCACUUCCAUUCAAGCUAGACAUAGUUUUGUUUUGUAUGUAAGUGCCUUAUAUACAAAGUGCGUGCAGACAAAAUGUGGCAUUUCACGACAGAGUAUGCAUUUUUAGCCAUAAUAGGCUAUCGCCGGCGGGUAAUGUAAGGCGCCGGAGUGUUGGAUAGAGCUCGCGUUGUCACAUAUAGAAAAAAAAAAAAAGACAGCAGAGACACGUUUGUAUUUAUCGUGUAUAGUCUUGUAUAUUUCGCGCACGAUUGCAUAACAAUUUAUAGUAGUGUCUACAGUAAAAAUGAAUCCUAAUAUGUUCUGUUACCGCAAGCUAAGAAAGCUUGUGUCAUAUGUGUUUAGUUCACACGCCAUCCUCAUGAUAUUCGCAUCCGCAGCAUUGUCAAACCAUACUUUUCAAAUUACAGCGAGUACCUCAAGUGGGAUAGCACAUAGAAUUUAAGUCCGUUAGUACGCGCCAUGGGUGUUGUUCAUGAGAAUUAGUGCGAUCUGUGCACAAGAUUUUAAACAUUCGCUGCAUACGAACGUAUCCCAACAAGUGUCAUGAAGGGACCUGCCGCAACUGUUGGUAUGGCUUUACAGUGAAUUACGAUCUAUUAUAUAGUAUAUGUUCGCUGAGAUAUGCUGUUGUGGAAUGAAGUUCAGAGCUGAGAAGCUAAAGGGGCAACUCAUCAGCACAAAUGUCACAAGUAAACGUGCUCCGAGGCGGAAAGAAGGUGGGCAUUAUUGAAAGUGGUCAACGAGGCACUGACGCCGCUGAGAGUAUCGUUGUUAAAUGUAUAGAAGGUCCUGUAUAUCCCCUGGGUAUCUUGAAUCUUGAACCUGGUACGAUGCAAGAGCAACCUAAACAUAUCCUUGAAGCAAUAUCACAUUGUUAUUGUGCGCUAUAGUUUCAUUUCAUAACAGAUCCUCUUAGAGGUUCGAUCCUCACGCUUAAAUGAGAGAUGAAACUGGGAUUGUGUCGAGGGGAUGAAAUCAAAUGUAAACAUCCGUAGCAAAACCCGUGAGCAGCAAUAUCGCAGGAGUAUGGUUUCGUAUCGCCCGUCGCCCCAAUGCCCAACCCACAAGUUACGCACCAUCCGUACAGGUACUGUGCAUGAUGACUGUUGCAAACUUCCGUGUCGCUACAAGUCGGCAAAUGCAACUCCACGCUUUGUUUCCGCAACGGGACGCCACGUAGUGAACAAAAAAGCUAAAGCGCUACGCGACGUAUGCCCUUUAUCAUGCUUCAACCUACGUAAACGGAUGUGUAUUCGUAUACAUUCCAACAAGCUACACGUCCUCAAUGUCAUGUUAGAUUUCUCCAGGUGACUGUUAGUCGGUCAGCUAGAUCUCGAACCAAUGUGGUGGGAUGCCUGCGAGAGGUCGCGCCAUCCUUUCAAAAUGAAAGCGAAAUGUUUGACGAGCUGUAAUUCAGCACAAAUGCGAUUGUGGAUUUUGCGUACGUGCUUUUCAGUCUUGACCAGUUCGCCGAGACGGCCUAUGUCGACAAAGUUUUGUUACGUCAGUCUAUCUUCCUCGGUUAGUACUUUGUAUAGUAGGAAAUGCUAACUGCCACCUAAUAGAAGCCUGAGCGAUGUGCAAGCGUAUUACCACGUUAGCUGUGUGGCAUUCUACACGGGACGAAUGCAGUUUUUAUAAAAAAGAAGUGACGGUCUCAGAAGUGGUUACAUUAGAAAACUACAGCUUUGUUGUUCAUCAGUGUACUUAGAUUGCAGCACCCAGAGCACGUGUUGCGCAUAUCCAUCUCAAGUUAUUAUUAUUGUUACUAUUUUCACUAAACGCGGCGUCACUGGCCCUGUGUCAUGCACAUCAAGACUGCACUACAUACGACUCAGCCGCAGAGAAUGCUCUAACACUGACAACGAACCCUUUGGCCACUGUUUCUCUAUGCAUACGCAUGUUUGUACAUAGGACAUAUAUCCUUAACAUGUGAUUCAUACUGCCACUCCACGAAUCAUUGUUGCGCCACAUGUUCUUGUGCGUUUUUCUCUUGUAAAAACAAAGAAAAAUAAAAUUUAGCGACAUUGUUACUUCAA